AUGGCGACUAUGGUGCAUUCCCCGACUGUCCUGGAUGGGCGCGGGCUGAACUCUAGGGAGAAUGGCGCUUCACGUGAGGGAGCCAAACGUACGUUCAAGGAGAAACUUCACACGUUAAUUGCGGAGGCCGAGGCAGCCGAGGCACAGGCUUUCCGCGAGUCGCAGCUCGCGGACAAGAAAUCGCUAUGCGUCCAAUUGCUCGUGGAGGGCCGGCCGCAAGCAUUUGUCGACUUUUUCAGCCUGACGCACAGCCGGCCACCGGCGCCACCUCCGGCGAGCGAUGGCACUGAAUCGACGUCGGGACAGGACGAUGAUGUCCCCCAGGAGGCGCUGGGACUGCUGCGCGUUGAGCUGAUAAAAGCCGAUAACGCACUGCGCGCCGGCGACACCCAGGCUGUGUACGCAGCUUACAAGAACCUGGCUAAAUUCUUCGCGCAGAUAGGGCGACUUCGCAAGGCGGAGUUCUUCUUCCGACGCUGCCUGCGGCUAUCACAAGACACGCAGCAAGGUUCUAACACGCCGUACAUUGCCAUGCACGUACCUGUCGUACACUCUCGAAAAAAAACACAGUGGCUUGCGGGCGAGCUUGAGGCCAAUUUGGCGUUGGGAGUGGUGUACGAGGAGCUGCUGGAGACGCAGGCAGCCAUCGAGUGCUACGAGCGGCGCCUGACACUCGCUUCCGAAAAUCAGUUAUCGUUAGAAAAGGACGCGGCCUACCACAACCUGACCACGGUGUACCUGCGGCAGGCCGAGGUGCAGGAGAGCAGCGGACAGACCGACGGGGCAAUACAGUCGUACAACAAGUGUUUGUCGGCGGCGGAGCGGUCUGGUGAUAACGGCGUGGCGGCCAGGGCCAACUACCGCAUAG